UAUUAACAAAAGGGAAUGGAGUGUAUUCCAACUGAAGAUACUGACGCUUAUUUACGCUGGAUCAAUUCUGUCUUGGGUAUUUGCAUACAUAGUUAUCUUAAUGCAUUGAGUGUCUUUUUGGGCUAUUUGUCCAUCUUUUGUUGGUUAAAUGCUCAAAUUCCUCAGGUCAUGAAGAAUUAUAAGUUACGCUCUGCUGAUGGGCUUAGUCUGUACCUCUUGUACUUUUGGCUAGCAGGCGACCUUGGCAACAUGCUCAGUUGUAUACUAAACAGUCAAUUGCCAUUUCAGAUUUAUUUAGCUACUUAUUUUGUUUCAACAGAUCUCAUCUUGCUCUUUCAGUAUUUUUAUUAUGGCAAAGGCGACUUGCAAUAUAUUACUUCUGUCUCAAGCAAGUAUGGUUCUGUUUCAAACACAAAGACAAGUACCAUGUUAAUGGGAGUACUGCUCUUUGGCUGGAACUUCGAAAAUCCUGUCACAUUUGGCUGGACCCUGGCUUGGAUAUGUAAUUCACUUUAUCUGUUGUCCCGUAUACCACAAAUCUACAAGAAUUUCAAGCGCCAUUCAACCCAGGGACUCUCACUGGCUUUGUUCUUUUUGCUUAUUUUAGCUCAUCCAGGGCACACAGCAGAGACUUUGAUGCAAUCAUUGCCUUAUUUAUUUGGUAGUUUGGGUACAUUGUUCUUGGAUGCUAUUAUCUUUGGCCAGUUCUUGCAUUAUCGAAAGAACACAGCCCAUGUUGACAAUACGCCUACUACUGCUGCACUGACUAGAGCUCUUACUUUUUCUUCUCAGUAACAUACAUGUCUAUUUAUUGUUUGAAACACAUAUACGGGUCAAUGUUUUAUAACUAAUAUUUAUAUAUAUAUAAAAAAACCUUAUUGUAAAUACCCAAUAAACUUUCUUUGUUUUUUUUAUCUUUGCAAAC